CUUCCUGGUUGUUUUAAGAAUUCUAACAUGCAGACACUUGUUUUUCUUAUAUUAUUGAGAUUAACUUUGUCCUCAGGAUACCAAAUAAUAUCUCAGAAUAAGGAGACCGAUCAAGCCAAGGAGGUACCCAAAUGUCAAGUCCUUGGAACCUGCCAGCAGUAUCAAUCCAGUCAUGCAGUGGAUGGAUACAUUAAAACGUGUACAAGGACAUCAUCUAUUGGAACUAAUUCCCUAGAUAAAUGGACAUGGUGGCAUGUUGACCUGGAGGAAGUACUCAGCAUCUUCAGCAUCAGAAUACAGUUCAAGGACUAUGGAGAACAAUAUGUUAGGAGACAAAGAGGGCGUGUUGCUGGUUUUUCGCUGUAUGUGUCAAACACAACUAUCAAGGAGGAUGGGUAUCUGUGUUACAAGAACGGACAGGAGUUACCGACCUUGGAUUUCAGUACACCUUGUGUUAAACAUGGACGUUACGUUAUAUUCUACAAUGAAAGACUUGACGGAACAACUUAUCCUACCGGAUAUGAAACAGUCGGAGUUUACACUGAAUUGUGUGAAGUAACUGUAACAGGUUGUAAAGAAUUCGGUGUGUUUGGAUAUAACUGUGAUGUACCCUGCCAAAACAACUGUCAGGAAAUGAGAUGUGACAUUGUCAAUGGAGAGUGUUUGGGUUGUACUGCAGGAUGGGUGGGGGAUUUUUGUAACAAAUCAUGUCCAGCUGGAUAUUACGGUCUACAGUGUGGAUCUACAUGUAUUGGACACUGCAGAGACAACCUGUCCUGUAAUCACAUCACUGGACAAUGUGACUAUGGAUGUGGUAAUGGAUGGACAGGAACACAUUGUAACACACAGUGUCCAGCAGAAUCAUACGGUCCUGAUUGUGUGUAUAACUGUAGUGGACAGUGUCUGAGUUACCUCCCCUGUGAUAGGACAACAGGGAGAUGUGACAGAGGCUGUAAUCCAGGAUAUACCGGAGAACUCUGUGACAAAGUAUGUUCAGUUGGUCGAUACGGACUGAAUUGUUCAGAGAACUGCAGUUCCCGUUGUCGGUUUGAAAGCAAUCAUUGUAACUAUAUAGACGGACAAUGUGAACAGGGAUGUGACGAUGGAUUCCAAGGAAGUAAAUGUGAGAAAACAUGUGACAUAGGAACAUAUGGAAUAAACUGUUCUAAGAAUUGUUCUCAACACUGCCUCGGCUUUUGUGAUAAUGUUGGCGGAUUCUGCACUUGUUCCUCUGGGUGGAUGGAAUCCCCUGGCUGUAGUGAAAAGGCACGUAUUGUUAGUAAUGACGGGUAUAGUACUCCGGAUGCCUACAUCGCAGCCUUGUCUAUCUCACUGGUUAUCAACUUUAGCCUGGUCGUUGUCAUUGUUAUAUUAUUGAGGCUACUCUAUAACAGAAAACAAGAGAAGCGUUUGUCUGACUAUAUCGCUAGUUCCGAAAUAUCACCUCCAUCACAAGUCAGCGAUAACGAUGUACAACAAUAUCAGGAACUCAACAUGUCCAAUGAUAGUUCAUACCAGAAUCUGUCAUUAAGAGAUCGUUUAUAAAAAAGUAUUUUAAAUGAAACUUAUUCUCGUUUUCA